GACAGUGUCAGAAGGCUUCGAACUUCGAAGCGCCAGUUGCCUGUUGGCAAGAGUCCGGCUAAGCAAUAUUGCCAGGGGCCGGAUGCGGAAGGGCAGAGCUCUCUGCUGAGCUGCUGCUUGGGGUGUUUGUGAGGUUUAGGAGGAAAGGGGCUGGGCUCCUCUAGUGACAAGCGGAAUUUCAGUCAGACAGUAGACUCCUCGGAGUCAGAGUCAGGGUCGUGGGUAAAGAAUUCUGGACUCGCAUCCCGGCAUAGAUCUGACGCUUGAACCUGCUUGAACCUGUUCCAGCGGCGACCAGCGCUCGCGUUAAAUUUUUACGGCCUUUGUGACGUGGGGGCGCGCUGAGGCCAUCCACCUGAGUUUACAGUUGGAGCGAAGUUGGCAGCAUGGCUAAUGAACCAUACACAGCAUUUUCUUCUGAGGACCUGUUCUUCAGGCCGGUGGCACAAGAAGACCUUCCGGCAGUAGCUGCAAUUGAACAGGCUGGAUUCCCUGUGGAUGAAGCGGCUUCUCCAGAAACUCUUGGAUUUCGCCAGCGGGAGGCUGGACACUGCUUCUUGGUCGCAUUGAAGGGGGACGAGGUCAUUGGUUACGCCUGCGGCACUCUGACCAAGGGGUCGCAGCUCAGCCACGAGACCAUGUACCGGCAUGACCCUACGGGAGGGUGUUUGUGUGUGCACUCUUUGUGCGUUGCAAAGGAGCAACAACGAAGAGGUUUGGGGCCCCGAAUUAUGCGAACGUACAUCAACUAUGUCAGAAGCGCGCUUCCACAAGUAGAUUCUAUCAAGCUGAUCUGUAAACAGGAUUUGAUAAGAUUCUACGAGAGAAGCGGAUUCCACUUGCUGGGUCCGAGUGAGGUUGUUCAUGGCAAAGACCAGUGGUACGAGAUGCAGUUGCUAACAAGUAGGCAAGAAUCCAAGUCUUCGUGACACAACGGUUGCUUUUGUGUGUGCUAGAGACGGCAAAAAGAUGCCCGAUCACCGGAAGCUUGUCAUGAGCUCGUGUAAGUUGACUGGCAAGUCGGUGCACAUCGCAGAUACCCACAGGCUCGUGUAGCGUUCAGGAGUCGGUUGCUUCUAGCCUGAGGUCGAUCUAGUCUCAACCUUUAACAUAUUGUUUCAAGGCCUGCCAUGAAAUUGGACCCAGGCUAAAUUACGGUCUCGUAUGCAAAUGCACAGCUAAUCUUGCCGAUUGUGCGAUCUGCUGACUCAGCCUCAGGCCCAACUCGGUGGAGCGUUAUCUAAGUCAACG